AUGACUUAUGACCAGGGCUUAUGACAUUUUUAUUGAAUAGAUCCGUAAGACAUUGACCAUUCAUAUUCAUAUUGAAAUCAUUGAAGUGGUCUACCCCAGGCUGUACCUAUUGCAAAAACGAAACUAUCAUUGAGUAUUUAAUUUUCCUGAAGUUAUGUCUAUUAAAAAACUUACCUGCCUCUUCAAUGGUCCAACAAAAAGCUUCACAAGGUGUUUCAGUCUGCACAAAUUAUCAGAAGAGCAUUUGAUGCUUCAGAAAACGUGCCGAGAUUUUGCAGAAUCAGAACUCAAACCCAUAGCUGCUCAGUUAGAUAGAGAACACAAAUUCCCAGCAGAACAGAUAAAAAAACUGGGUGAACUAGGCGUAUUAUCUAUAAAUGUAUCAGAGAAAUAUGGAGGAGCAGGGCAAGAUACACUUGCGCUAGCGAUAGCUGUUGAGGAAUUAUCCAGGGCUUGUGGGGGCACUGGUGCUAUUGUAUCAGUGCACAAUUGCUUAUAUGUGAAUUUGCUAGAUAAGUGUGGUACAGAUGCCCAAAAAGAAACAUUUUUAAGACCAUUCACCUCAGGGACUUUGGGUUGUUUCGCCCUCAGUGAACCAGAUGCUGGUAGUGAUGUGGGAGCUAUGUCGUGUACAGCAGUGUUAGAUGGUGACCAUUAUGUAUUGAAUGGUACGAAAUCAUGGGUAACCAGUGGUACAGUAGGAAAGGCUGCUGCUGUUUUUGCAACGAUUGACAAAAGUCUCAAACAUAAAGGUAUCACCGGCUUCCUUGUCCCGCUGCCCACCCCGGGUGUCUCCCUGGGCAAGAAAGAGGACAAACUCGGCAUCCGCGCCUCGCCCACCUGCAACCUCAUCCUCGAGGACGUGCGGGUGCCGCGCGACCACGUGCUCGGCGCGCCCGGUGGCGGCUUCAAGAUGGCCAUGGAACAGCUGGACAAGGCGCGAGUCGGCAUCGCCGCGCAGGCGCUGGGAAUAGGGCAGGCUGCGUUGGAGGUGGCGGUCGCGUACGCGGCGCAGAGGAAGGCGUUCGGGCAGCCGAUCAAUAAGUUGCAGGCUGUGAAGUUGCGGCUAGCCGAAAUGUCGCUGAAACUGGAAGCGGCCCGGCUGCUGGUCUGGCGCGCGGCGUUGUGCUGCGACGAACCGCGCAGGACCACCAAGGAGUCCUCGAUGGCCAAGUUGGCUGCCAGCGAGGCGGCCACUUUUGUUUCUCACAGCGCCAUCCAGAUCCUGGGCGGCAUGGGCUACGUCACCGAUAUGCCGGCAGAGCGGCACUACCGAGACGCCAGGAUCACGGAGAUUUACGGGGGGGUGAACGACGUGCAGAGGUUGGUGAUCGGGGACCUGAUCGUCAAGGAGUACGAGUGAAGGUGAUAGGUACUUUAAACUACUGUUUUUCCACUACUAG